AUCGCUAAAGCUUGCUUGCCUGCCUCUUGCGCGUUCGCAUUUAUGUGCGCGUCACUAGAGAGCGAUAUGUAGUUUGAACUGGCAUUUGUUGUUCGCUGCCUUCUAUAGUUUCCGCUACCGUCAAUAGACACAAGUUGUGUUUUCGUUCGUUUCUUUGCCUUCCUUGCUUGGCAGAAUCAGGUCGCCUCCAGACGUCCGUAUAAACCUGGUCAGCUCAUUUGUAGCUUUGAUUAAAAGUUCUGUCAGUUGACGCUGACGAUUUUGUCGGAAUGUUGUCAUAAUCAUCGUGCUGCUUGCUAUCAAAUUUCAUGUAAUAUUCAUUUGUUUUAACGGCUGUAGAAACGAAAUUGAACAGAAGGGAAGCUGAAUGGACCAGUAUGAGAAGGUUGAGAAGAUAGGAGAAGGAACAUAUGGUGUUGUCUACAAGGCUCGCGAUAAAAUUACAAAUGAGACCAUAGCUCUGAAAAAGAUUCGCCUGGAGCAAGAAGAUGAGGGUGUUCCUAGUACUGCAAUACGUGAAAUCUCACUCCUUAAAGAAAUGCAACAUGGAAACAUUGUCAGGUUGCAGGAUGUGGUGCACAGUGAAAAGCGCUUGUAUUUAGUGUUUGAGUACUUGGACCUGGACCUCAAGAAACAUAUGGAUUCUUGUCCUGAUAUGGCGAAAGAUCCGCGUCUAAUCAAAACAUUUCUAUAUCAGAUUCUCCGUGGCAUUGCAUACUGUCAUUCUCACCGUGUUCUUCAUCGCGAUUUGAAACCUCAAAAUUUGCUCAUAGACCGCCGAACCAAUGCUCUGAAACUUGCGGACUUUGGACUUGCAAGGGCAUUUGGAAUUCCAGUGAGGACCUUUACUCAUGAGGUGGUUACAUUAUGGUACCGUGCACCAGAAAUCUUACUGGGGUCUCGACAUUAUUCAACUCCUGUUGAUGUUUGGUCUGUGGGUUGUAUCUUUGCGGAAAUGGUAAAUCAACGACCACUUUUUCCUGGAGACUCAGAGAUUGACGAACUCUUUAAGAUUUUCAGGGUGCUAGGCACACCAAAUGAAGAAACAUGGCCUGGAGUAACCUCUCUACCAGACUUCAAGUCAGCUUUUCCAAAGUGGCCUCCCAAGGAUUUGACAAGUGUUGUCCCAGGACUUGAACCAACUGGAGUUGAUCUUCUUUCUAAAAUGUUGUGCUUGGAGCCCAGCAGACGUAUCACUGCUCGAAGUGCCCUCGAGCAUGAAUAUUUCAAAGAUCUAGGUUUUGUUCCCUGAACUACCUGUAUAUUAACUCUGAUUGAAAAGAGUGUUGGGGAAUUGUAUUGUAGUGUUUUUUCAUCAAUGAGUCGUGUGUUAGAGAAUGAUAUGUUAGAUAUAGACAUGUAUGAGUACCAGGAUUGGUUGUCUUUUUUGUUUUCCCCCGCCUUUGUUAAGGUAUGCACCUUGGGUAUUACUGAUUUGGUGUGAUUGGUUAUGAUUUCUCAGCCCUUAAAUGGGGCAGGGCAGAACUUUGCCAUGAAACAUAUCGUUUAGGAUCAGCAAGAAAACCCAACAUAUAGUGUUCUUUGUUGUCCUUUCUAUGGGAUGAUAUUUGCAUGAUCAAAUUAUGAGAUGAAAAUGUUUUGUGCCUGCCAGAA